AUGGAAGAUAAAAUCCUUCCAGAGGAAAGUUCUUCAGCGGUUCCAGAACAGCCACUAGAAAUUCCUUCCAAUACUAAGAAGAGAAAUUGGCCAAUUCUUGCUCUAAUUAUGUUGGCAAUAUUUUUAUUAUCAAUUUUAAUUGCAACUAUCAUUCUUAUUGUUAGAAAGAGGAAUGACAAGAAACCAUCAGCGGAGUACUCUUUGAACUUUUUAUAUAUAAAUGAUAUUCAUCUAGACGCAACUUACGUAGAAACAUCAACAUCGAAGUUAGGAUGCCGCAGUGCUGUUGCAGAUCAAGUCGAAAAAUUCCAAUUCGGGCAAUAUGAAUGCGAUGCUCCACAUAAACUUUAUAAUUCUCUCAUUGAUAACGCAAAGAAGUUUAUUGAAUCGCCAGAUUUCAUACUUCUUGGUGGUGACUUAAUUGCACAUGGAUUAAACGUUACAAAGCAAAUGUUAAUCGAUAAUUUUAAUAAUAUUACAAAUCCUAUAGAAAAAAAGUAUCCGAACACUAAAAUCUAUAUAACAUUAGGUAAUAAUGAUUUCCAAAAGAAUUAUGGCUCAUUUGAUACAGAUUUAACAGAUUUUGAAACAGUAUUUGAAAUUUUCGGAAAAUGGAUGAAUACAGAACAAGCAGAAACAUUUAAGAAGGGCGGUUAUUACUAUGCAGACUUCCCAUCAUCUAAUUUCAGAUUUUUAUUCCUAAAUACAGUAAUUUAUUCCAGAAAACGCACUUUCAACGAAACAUUGACUGAUCCAUACGACCAAUUUGCAUGGAUAAGAAAGAUGUAUAAGGAUGCUGUUCAAAAAGGCUACAAAGUUGGAAUUGCUUUACAUAUUCCUCCAGGAGUUGUUUACACAGAUAAUAAAGUAGGUUGGAAUCUCAAAUAUAUCAAUACUUUUGCAGAGAUAAUGAAAGAAUGCGAUUUUUCAUUCAUUAUUUCCGGUCAUUCUCAUACAGACAUGAUUUUACCACUUUACACACCAAAUAGUGAUACAGACAACAUCCUUUACUCAUUAAGUGCACCAUCAGUAUCACCUACACAUUAUAAUAACCCUGGAUUCAGACAUUAUUUGUUGGAUCAAGAAAUCAUUAAAGAUUUCAUACAAUAUUACGCUGACAUCAUGUUAAAUCCAUCAGAACUCAACUGGGAAAUCGAAUACAAGUUCUCAGAAGCAUAUAAAACACAAAAUAUCACAAGAAAUUCAAUAAAUGACGCAGUGAAGUGGAUCAGAUCGACAGGAGAAGGCCAAUGGAGAUACAGAGAAAGAGUUUAUUCAAGAGCUGACAAACACAACAGUUUCUAUUACUGCACACUUCGCGCUUUGUUGCCUGAUGAUGUAACUAAGUGCGCAAAGCAAAAUGGAGCUGAAGAACUUUCGUUCCAGCCUUAUUAUCAUAGUAAGGAUAUGUAG